AUGGAUCCUGUUGAUAAAAUGAAACUGGUAGAAUCUUUGUGUCAAGUGUUACAGUCUGCUGGGUUUUUCAGCAUUGACCGGGAAGAAGAUGUUGACUUCCUGGCCAGAUUUUCUAAAUUGGUCAAUGGAAUGGGACAGUCAUUGAUAGUUAGCUGGACUAAAUUAAUUAAAAAUGGGGAUAUCAAAAAUGCUCAGGAGGCACUGCAAGGUACUGAAACAAAGGUGGCGCUGAUGUUGCAGCUCCUAAUUCAUGAGGAUGAUGACAUCUCUUCUAACAUUAUUGGAUUUUGUUACGAUUAUCUUCAUAUUUUGAAACAGCUUACAGUGCUUUCGGAUCAACAAAAAGCUAAUGUAGAGGCAAUCAUGUUGGCCGUUAUGAAAAAAUUAACUUACGAUGAAGAAUAUAACUUUGAAAAUGAGGGUGAAGACGAAGCCAUGUUUGUAGAAUAUAGAAAACAACUGAAGUUAUUGUUGGACAGGCUUGCUCAAGUUUCACCAGAGUUACUGCUGGCUUCUGUUCGCAGAGUGUUCAGUUCUACACUGCAGAACUGGCAGACUACACGGUUUAUGGAAGCUGAAGUGGCAAUAAGAUUGCUGUAUAUGUUGGCAGAAGCUCUUCCAGUAUCUCAUGGUGCUCACUUCUCAGGGGAUGUUUCAAAAGCUAGUGCUUUGCAGGAUAUGAUGCGAACUCUGGUGACAUCAGGAGUUAGUUCCUAUCAACACACAUCUGUGACAUUGGAGUUCUUCGAAACGGUUGUUAGAUACGAAAAGUUUUUCACAGUUGAACCUCAGCACAUUCCAUGUGUACUAAUGGCUUUCUUAGAUCACAGGGGUCUGUGGCACCCUAGUGCUAAAGUCCAGAGCAGAACCGCUCACCUAUUCUCCAGAUUUGUUAAAUCUCUCAACAAACAAAUGAAUCCUUUCAUUGAGGAUAUUCUGAAUAGAAUACAAGAUUUAUUAGAGCUUUCUCCACCUGAGAAUGGUUACCAGUCCUUGUUGAGCAGCGACAAUCAAUUAUUUAUCUAUGAGACAGCUGGAGUGCUAAUUGUUAAUAGUGAGUAUCCAGCAGAGCGGAAGCAGGCAUUAAUGAGGAAUCUGUUGACUCCACUCAUGGAGAAGUUUAAAAUUGUUAGAAAAAUUGAUGCUGGCACAGGACGAAGAAAGGCAGGCAUCUCUAGCAGACUGUCUCAACCAUGCUGUUGGAUUUGCUAG